GCUAACUUUUGAUCCACAUCUAAGCUAUAAAUUAAUAUGUUUCUGUAAAGCUUAAAGUAAAAUUAAGCCCCCCUCCCCUCCCCUCUCUACUUAGCUCGUAAUAUUUCUCAAAAACAAUGGCUUCAACUUUCGGAAACUGUUCAGUAUUAUCUUCUGUGGUUCUACUAAUAAUGUGCAUAUGCUUGACUCAGUGGCUGCUAGUGUUUCCAGUUGCAAAAACCAUCCCAAAUGGCUUUUCGGUGGACCUCAUACACCGUGACUCCCCACUCUCUCCGCUUUACAGCCCUCUUGAAACCCCGUUUGAUCGUUUCUACAAUGCUUACAACCGCUCUAUCUCUCGCAUUAAUCGUUUCAGGCCAAGUUAUUCCGAGGCAGUCUGGUCGGAUAUAAUGGCGAGCGGGGGAGAGUAUUUCAUGAAUAUCUCCAUUGGAACCCCACCAGUUUUGGUGCUGGGGAUAGCCGACACCGGCAGUGAUCUCACAUGGGUUCAGUGUAAACCUUGUGAAGAAUGUUACCAGCAGAAGCCUCCUCUGUUUGAUCCUAUGAAAUCCUCCACCUACAAGAGCGUUCAAUGCGGGUCUGGUCCCUGCAAUGCAUUGGAUAGCUCCGACAGAGUCUGUGAUCAAGAGCAGAACACUUGUAAAUACAGCUACUCCUAUGGAGACCGCUCCUUCACCAGAGGAAAUGUUGCUCUCGAGAAGUUCACCAUCGGUGCAGCCAACUCUACUCGCAUAGACAGUCCGGUUUCCUUUCCGAACCUAGUGUUCGGCUGUGGGCACAAAAACGGUGGCACAUUUGAUGAUGUAGGUUCAGGUAUCAUCGGCCUUGGUGGAGGUCCCCUUUCUCUAGUCAAACAAUUGAGUAAAUCCAUCCAUGGCAAGUUUUCCUACUGUCUGCAGGCUCCGGAUUCAGCAGCGAAAUCAAGCAAGUUAAUAUUCGGCACGGCAACCGACUCCAAUGUUGUUUCAACUUCAACUCCCUUAGUAGACAGAGACCCUUCAACGUAUUACUACGUGACAUUAGAGGCCAUCAGUGUAGGAGACAAAAAGUUGGCCUACGGCAGAGGAUCAGCUUCAUCGGCAACAUCGGAAGGCAACAUCAUCAUCGACUCCGGGACGACAUUGACGUUCCUGGAAUCAGAGUUCUACAACAGCCUUGAAUCAGCGUUGGAGGAAGCAAUUGAGGCGAAACGAGUGAGUGAUCCCAAGGGGCUUCUCAGCCCAUGUUUCGAAGCCGAUAAGGACAUGGAUCUUCCCAUUAUCACGUUUCAUUUUAGCGGUGCGGAUGUGAAGUUGCAGCCAUGGAAUACAUUCGCGCAAGUCCAAGAUCAUAUGGUGUGCUUCACCAUCGUACCUUCCAAUGAUAUAGCCAUUUUUGGGAACCUGUCUCAGAUGGAUUUCUUGGUCAGUUACGACCUUGAAGAGAGAUCUGUCUCCUUCACGCCAACUGAUUGCACCAAAAAUCAUUAGGCUCGAUACCUAAAUAAAUCAGUGAUUAAAUAAAUGUGUGUGAUAUGAUGAUCUUUAAUCAAUAUAUGAUAAGUCGUUAAUUGUGCAGCUGACCAUUGGGUGUUUGGUGUAAUGUGAUAUAUACACAUGGCUUGGUUAUGACUUUGUAAAGUCGCACUUCAAUGCACAUUAUAUUUGAGUUAAUU